AUGCGGGCGCCAUCGUUAUCAUUGGCUACCGGCGGGGCCCGCGAUAAGCCUGCGCCCUGCGCCCACGCCCACGCCCGCGGCAAACGUAAGAAGUCUUCACGCAAGCCCCAAGGCCCGAGGAAGCGAGAACCGCUCGCCACCACCUUCACCUGCCUCUUCUGCAACCACGAAAAAGCCAUCCAGGUGAAAUUAGACAAGAAGGCCGGCGUCGGCAACCUGCACUGCAAAGUGUGCGGCCAACAUUUUCAGACAGGCAUCAACUACCUCUCUGCCCACGUCGAUGUCUACUCCGAUUGGAUCGACGCGUGCGAGAACGUCGCCCAGGAAGCUGCCGCCCAGGACGCCGAGGACCAAAAAUUCAGCAGUUAUGCAACGGCAAAGCCGGGACCCGCCGUGGCAAUCGCGGGCGAUGAGGAGGACGAGGACGCCGAUUAUGAUGGCGACUGA